AUGCAGGAGCUGGGCAUCCGGGGUAUAGCAAACGUUGCCUCUUCUGUGUGCAUUUACACUCCGCGCGGGGAAGUGUCCCCAAAAGACAUGCGGAUGCUUCAUAUAGAUGCCGAUGAUGAUGAGCAUUAUCCACUGCUGGAGAAGCACUUGUGCGAGUUCGAAAUGUUCAUCCAGAAGGCAAAAGAAGACGGCGUCAAGACAGUGGUUCACUGCAAAGCCGGCCAGAACCGGAGUGCUGCCCUAUGUGCAGCUUACCUCAUUCACGCUGAGCGCAUGAAGCUGAUGGAUGCUAUCCAGCUUUUGGUUGAAAGACGCGGUCUUGUUCUCACAAACUGCCACUUCCUGCAAGAGCUCGUUCAGCUGGCGCGGUCGGAGCAUCUGCUGGACUAA